AUGGAGGGCACGGGACCUAACAUCAGUGCACUGCUUUUGAAUGAAUGCUGCGAGAAGGUCUUCAGGAAGAACAUCCUCAAAGCUGUUCUGGGGGCCACUCAAGUGCUGCCCCUCACCUUCUUCCUGGAGCAGCAAAGGGUCUCCUGCUGGCGUCCUGUUUCCUUGUUAACCCUCCCAACAUGGUCCAGCAGCAAUCAGGAUUCCAUUCAGAGAAGAGUCAUGAGUGCUUACAACCCACCAAGACUUGUGAAUUUGGCAGCAAUGAGCCUAGUGAGAGAUGAGGCCUUGGCCAUCUCCUCUUUGGAGUAUCUGCCCAUGGAGCUCUACCCACCACUGUUCAUGGCCGCCUUCUCUGGCAGACACAGUGAGACCCUGAAGGCCAUGGUGCAAACUUGGCCCUUUGCCCGCCUGCCUCUAGGAGGACUGAUGCAGAAGCCUCACCAAGGAACCAUACAAGCAGUGCUGGGUGGUCUUGAUGUCCUGUUGGCCCAGAAGGUUCACCCCAGGAGAUGCAAACUGCAGGGGCUGGACUUGAGAAAUACUGGCCAGGACUUCUGGAACAUAUGGUCUGGAAACAUGAACCAUGUGUCCUCAAGCUCACUGAUGGCACCAGUGGCUGAGGACAUGUCAAGGACAAAGCACCCAUUGACUCCCUUGGUGAUCCUCAGGCUGCAGCACCUCCAGGAUCUCCAUAUGGAAGGUCCAGCUUUCCUCGAAGGCCGCCUGAACCAGAUGCUCAGAUGUCUGAAGACCUCCUUGUACAACAUCUCAAUAACCAACUGCCUGCUUACAGAAUCAGACUUGACUCAUCUGUCCCAGUGUAGGAACAUCUGUCAGCUAAAGGGCCUGAAUCUGAACGGUGUUACCUUGACCAACUUUCGUCCUGAGCUCCUCCAAGUUCUGCUGGAGAAAGUUGCAGGCACUCUUGAAGAGCUGGACUUAAACCUGUGUGGGAUCAUGGACUCCCACCUUAUGGCCAUCCUUCCUGUCCUGAGCAGCUGCUCCCAACUCAGGGUCCUCAGCAUAUGUGGGAACCUCAUCUCCAUGGCUGUCCUGGAGAGUCUCCUGUGUCAUACUGAUGGGUUGUCUGAUUUAAGUCUAGAGCUUUAUCCAGCCCCUCGGGAGAGUUACAGUUCUCUGGGUAUUCUUCACCAGGAGAGACUUGCCCAGCUAAAAGCUGAGCUUUGGGAGAUCCUUACAGACUUAGGACGUCCCAGGAAGAUUUGGGUUAGCCCCAGCCCCUGUCCUUACUGUGGUGAUGACAUGUGUGAUCACUUGAGUCCCAAUGCAUAA